UCCCCGUUCAAGACAGAGGGAAGGCAACUAGAACCAUGGAAAUAUAAAACUGUCUCUACUCUAAAAAUCACUACUCUUGUGUGUAUUUGACUCUGAGUGGAGUAUGGAGUGUUUAAAGUUGGCAACGACGACGUCUCUGUUCAAGGCAGACGGGGACAGAUAUCAUGUUUCAGAGUUUGAUGACUGAGACUGUUGUAACAUUCCUGAGGCAAGUCUUUCUUUGAAGAAAAGGUGAACAGUGCAUCUUUUACCAGAGCUCCAUCCCUCAAUGGCAGAUAGAGAUGGGGCCCAUCCAUGUGAUGAUGUGGAUCAAUAUUGGUGUCUGCCUUCCUUUGACCAUACUGGUCAUCUGUUGUUUGUGUUGUGUGGUGCGACGGGAUCAGGUCCCUGUCAUCUAUUACACAAACCUCCUGAUCUCCAAUCUAAUCCAGAUGUGCACUAUCAUCAUUAUCGUGGCAAAACCAGAUGAUCAUGAAACCUACAUGAUGUCUUUUGUUAUUUACUAUUUUGGUGUCCAGGCCAGUCUUUACUUCAAGUUGUGCAUUGCUCUGGAAAGGUGUUUUUUCAUCACUCGCCCACUGACGGACUUUAUGAGGCAAACCCGGAGUUCUGUGCUGGUCUGCAUUCUGGUCUGGGCCCUUUGUGUUGCCAGUGUACCUGUUGCCAUAGUCUUGCGUUAUUUUCUACGAGUCCUAAUUUUGAUCCUAGUCCCUGCCUUUCUGUUCAUCAUCUGUUUUGCUGCGACCCUCAAAGGCCUGCGUGCUGCCUCCACAGUGAGCACCGAGGAAAAGCGAAGAAUUGUAGGAAGUUUGGUUCUGUUGCAGCUUAAUUACUUUCUGAUGAUCCUACCUGCAAUCACUGAGUUAACUUUCGAAUUUCACCCACAUGACACUCUCAGAUAUGUUGUUUUUAUCUUGUUUCUAUUCAGUCCCUUUAUGGACCUGAUUUUGUUUUUUCUCAUGCAGAAAAUGCCCACUGACAAGCGGCUGGCUGGUUUGUGCUGCUGCAGUAGGUGUAGCAGCAGCUCAUCAGUGUGAGGAAAAAGCAAAUGGCUGUUGUACUACAGAUUUAAGCAGCAAAAACUAUUCUAUUUUAUAUGCUCGAAUAUGCAGAAAAUAGGUUUAAAUGUUAAACAAAUGUCUUCCAGUCAGAGAAUGUUGCAUAUAAUUUUAAUUUUUGCUUGAUGCAUAAAGUUAAAAGAUUAAAAAUAAUAAAACUAGUUUUAAAAAGAGACUUUUUUUCAUUUGAUUAGAUUUCAUAUGAUGGAUUAUGCAGAGAAACUAGAAUUGGCUCUCGGCAAAGGUGGUCGCACUUUUCUCCUCCUCCUCUCCUCUCCCUUAUCUUCCCUGCUUAGCCUCUUGUGUCCUUGUCUAGUCUCGUGUUUUUUUUGUAUUACUUUUCCCUGGAACACUCUCUCACAGUCU